AUGGGAGGGUGUGUGGCUUCACUUUUGGUGAAGAGGAGCCAUGCGAGUGAAGUUCCGGAUCACUUCAUGGUAGAUCGUAAAAAUUACGGUCCACUUGCGGUUGUGUGUGCCCCAUCUGAAGAUGAUGUCUCUUCACCAAUUUACCGCGUGGUGAAUAUGUCGGAUGAGGAACAUAAAGAGAGAUGUAAGGAGUGGUAUGAGGGAGAUAAUUUCAUGCAAUUGCUGGAGCGCAACUGCAAGGAAAGGGCAGAUCAGCGUGCCGUUGCCUAUCGCACCGUGAAUAGGGUGGAAACAGAGAAACGAACAGACUCUAAGGGGCGAGUAAAGGAUUGGCAGAUAACAUACCUGAAUGAUCCCUUGUAUAUUACGUAUGGGGACUUCUGGGCGAAGUCUAUAGCUUUUGGUAAAGGUCUUUGUGAAUUGGGAUUAACAAAUGGGAGUGAUGUGGCGAUGUACGCAGAUUCUCGUUGGGAGUGGAUUGCUUCUGUUGUUGGGAUCUGGUCACAGGAUAUGGUGCCAGUGACGGUAUAUGCAAAUCUUGGUGAGAAUGCCCUCUUGUAUGCACUAAAGGAGGCAGAAUGUCCGGCGAUUGUUUGUAGUGGACAAUCUGUGAAAUCGUUAUUACCAUUGCUGAAAAAAGCUAAUAUGGAACAUACAAAGUUAAUUUAUUUUGAUGCACUUCCUGCUGGAUUGGAUGUAGAAGAAAUGGUGGUGGUUCCAUGGAAUGGUGUGGUGGAAAAGGGACAACAGAGUUCCCGCACGUACACAAUACCGAAGGAUUGCAAUCGCACAUCUUUGGUGAUGUACACUAGUGGUACGGUGGCUGAACCGAAGGGUGUUAUUCACACCUUUGGUUCUCUUAACGCGGGUGCAAGAGCCCUUGACGAUCGUUUAACGGAAUUGUCAGGUCCAAAACAAGAGGGAGAUACAUAUCUUGUUUACUUACCUCUUGCUCAUAUUCUUGAGUUUAUAUGUGAAAUCAUCAUGUUGAAUCGUGGAACUAUGUUGUGUUAUGGAUCACCUCGUACACUUACAGAUGUCACUGCACGUCCACGUGGAGAUUUAGCAGAGUUUAAACCAAUGUUAUUCGUUGGGGUUCCCCGUAUUUUUGAUACUAUUAAAAAAACUGUGGAAAGUCAACUCCCACCACCUGGAAGCGUAAAGCGCAAGAUUUUUGAUGCUGCUUAUGCUGCCCGUUUACAGGCAUUACAGGAUGGAAAAGAUACACCAUUCCUAAAUGAAAAAGUAUUUAAAGUUCCACGUAAUAUGUUUGGUGGAAAAACACGUGGUAUUGUCUGUGGAGGAGCUCCUCUUGGUGAUAAGACACAAGAGUUUAUGAAUGUUGUGUUUGGUAUUCCCAUGGCUCAAGGAUAUGGUUUGACGGAGACCUGCUGUAAUGGCACUGUGCAGCGAACAGGGGAACUAUACCCCGCGGUGGGUCAACUCCUCAAGGGAAUUGAGGUGAAACUACUCGACACGGAUGACUACAAACACACCGAUAAGCCGAAUCCACGCGGUGAGUUAUUGCUGCGAGGACCAGCGGUGUUUAAAGGUUAUCUGAAACAGGAGAAGACCACAGAAGCGGCUUUUCUCCCUGGUGGGUGGUUCCGCACGGGGGAUGUGGCCGAUAUUGACGAGUCCGGCUGCUUACGUUUGAUUGGCCGCGUGAAGGCGCUGGCGAAGAAUCUGCUGGGCGAGUACAUUGCGCUGGAGUUCCUGGAGGCCCUGUACGCCCAACACCCGCUCGCCUGCCCGAACGGCGUCUGCGUGCUCGUCCACCCGCAGCGGGCGUACAUCUGCGCGCUGAUAUUAACAGACGAGGCGAAGGCCCUUUCGUUCGCGGCCUCCGCGGGGAUUUCGGGGGCGUCGUGGCCGGCGGUGCUGCGGGAGCCGCGGCUGCAGGAGGCGGCGGUCGCCGGGCUGGCGGCGUUGGGGCGGGCGGAGGGCCGGCGGCCGUUUGAACUCCCGCGGCGGGUGCGGGUGUUGGCCGACGAGUGGACGCCGGAGAAUGGACUGCUCACCGCCUCCAUGAAGAUACGGCGAAAGGCAGUGGAUGAACAGUACGCAGACGUGAUCGCAGAGUUGUUUGCAGAGGAAUAG